CUCAUUCAGAUUGUUCUGUUCUGAUCGAAGCUUUCAUUGAUUUCCCAACUGGCUCAGAUAGUCAGUCGAAGCUCUCAUUUGAAGGCAUCAAGAUGCGUCUAUUUUCCGUGAUUUGUUUGAUGGUCGCCGUGCUCCUUGCUUCUGGUACCGAGGCUGCGGUUUCCAGGGGCAACUUUAAGGAUCCCAAUUACCCUGGAAAGUGUGUGGUUGAUGGACUGGUGCUAAAUGUCGGUCAGCAAGCCCGUCAUCCACAGAGGUGUGAGCGAAUUUUGUGCGAGGAGAAUGGUGACGUCCAGUUUCAUUCAUGCGGUUCCGUUGGUCUGCCCCACGACAAAAAAUUCGGAGAAUUCAAAACCCCAAAUGCUGAUUACCCCGCCUGCUGCGACCGGUUUAUUAUUAAUGCCUAAGUCCCACAUUCUAUAGCUGUAUACUGAAAUAUAUUAAAAAAUGGAGAAAAUUUGU